UUUCUGGAGGGCGCUGUUUACGCUGAACACUAGUUUUUCCCCUUGAUAUUUUCCCCGGAAUUUAUUUAUUUAUGUGAUUAUUCAAGGCAAAGGAGUUGUUGAAUAUGGCUAUUCAUGUGGCGCAUCCAUCGGUGCGAAUGAAAGGCGCUGAGGCAGACUGGACGCCCAUACAAUGCACAGACAGGGAGUGUAGCCACUCCUUGAUGAAGGCUCCGCAUCUGCACUGUCCAUUCUGCUCCCAGGACAGUCUCUUCACUGAUGAGAUUCUCCUCAAGGCGCACUACAGGGUCAAGCACGUGGAUAAAGGCAUCAACUUUGGGGGUCUUAAAAUAUUGCGGUGUUGUAGAUCCUGCAUCGUCCACGGCAUCAUUCACGGCCUACGUCCCCUGCUGGAUUGGCGAGUGUGAAGAUCUACUUUGCGCCCAUGAAGAAGCAACGACCAACGAAGACAGGGAUAAAGCAGCCAAUGAUCUUUUGGGUAGGCUCUAUGAGAAAUGAAGGCAGAGAUGGACAGAGACUGUGGAAUCGAUGGAUUUCACCCAUUCCAGCUGUUGGGCAUGGCAAACCAUCAACAACUCACGGGAUGUCAACCAGAUCUUCACCACAUACACUGACCCAGCACCCAACAGUGCCAGCCUGGUAACACACCUCAUAGUCCCCCAGUCACAGCAGCCAUCGGAGACGGACACAUCAUCCCUGGGCUAUGAGCAGACUGACGGGCAGCAGUCGCAGAUCGAGUACCAGUACGCCUGCAUCAAUGAUCCGAGCCAGAGCACUGCCAAUGGGGAAGUUGUCCUUAUUGAGAUACCAGAUGAAGGAAGCAAAGGGGAUUUGGAGGACGAGACUUGCUACACAGAGCACAACUUGUUGCUGCUGCUGCAGGAGAAGGAACAUCUGGAGAAGACUCUUGAGGAGGUGCGGACCACGUGGGCCCAGACAGAGCACAGGAUGAAAGGCACUAUAGAAAGGCUUCGUACAAAGGUUGAGUAUUUGUCCAACACAAACACGUCACUCAAGCAGCAGCUGUCCAUGAUGCACACGUCCAGUUUGAAAUGUCUGACCAACGACAGCGAAAACCAGUCCAUUUUGCAAGAGUUACUGAACACGUCUGAGGAGCACACCCAGCUGCUGCACCACCACCUAGCACAGCUGUGGCUGUACGCUCAGGCCUGCCCAUUAUCCAAACCAACCCCCGAGGAAUCUGCAGCUGAAUCUACAGUCUUGGUACCAGACCUGACCGACCAAUCACAGGACAUCUCACACAUGGCCAUGAUGUCAUCCUCGGAGGGCACCCUUGGGAACAUGGAGCAGACAGUCGUCAUGACGAUAACGUCGGAGGAGGAUUCGGAGCCGCUCGUCAACAUCGUGGAUAACCCCGGAGAUACUGUUGGACAUGACUCCUUGACUUUGGAUUAGGACGUUCACUUGUCACCAAAUACAUUCUGUACCAACUGACAAGCGAGGGACUGUCACCAAGACAUGCCACCUCUGAGUCAGGUCUCGUUUAUCAAUCAGGUAGAACUCAUCCACAUCACAACACACCCUGUGAUGUCACGCAAUAGGAUUUUCACAAGAACAAAAGUUUGAAAUUGAUCUUUCCAACAGCACGCCAAAAAUAUUCUGCCCCGACGGCUUCGACAAGAGAACGUUUGAAGACGACAUGUCAAAUGAGAGACCACCAUUAAAACGUGGGAGAACUAACAGCCUGAAAGCCACUUAACUAAAUAAAACCUGACAUAUUUUGUAAACAGUG